UCAUAUGAAAUCCACAGCAUAGACGUAUAACACUUUAGCUUAUAGCAGCAAAAAUGAGGUUUUUGGCUCUGGUGAUUGUGGUCAUUUCGGCCUCUGCAUUGAGGGCCUCGGCUGAUAUCGGUUCGCUCAUCAGCCAAGAGAUGUUCAAUGAUAUGUUAAAGCAUCGCAAUGAUGCAAACUGCCCCGGCAACGGUUUCUAUACAUACGAUGCUUUCGUCGCCGCUGCCAACUCCUUCGGCGCUUUCGGGACUACCGGCGAUGUUGAUACGCAGAAAAGAGAAAUCGCUGCCUUCUUGGCUCAAACUUCCCAUGAAACUACAGGUGGGUGGCCAACUGCACCUGACGGUCCUUACGCAUGGGGAUAUUGCUACGUUCAGGAACAGGGAAACCCUGAUGAUUACUGUGUUCAAAAUCAACAAUGGCCUUGUGCCCCUGGUAAAAAAUAUUAUGGCCGUGGUCCUAUCCAAAUCUCAUACAACUACAACUACGGUCCAGCAGGACAGGCAAUAAACGCUGAUCUUCUUAAUGACCCCGAUUUGGUAGCCAAGGACCCGACCAUUUCUUUCAAGACCGGUCUUUGGUUCUGGAUGACACCACAGUCGCCAAAACCUUCAUGUCACGAUGUCAUCACCGGCCAGUGGAAGCCGUCUGCAGAUGACACGGCUGCCGGUCGGGUCCCGGGAUAUGGGGUCAUCACCAACAUCAUCAAUGGUGGCAUCGAAUGUGGCAAAGGAUCCAACCCUCAAGUAGAGGACCGAAUCGGGUUUUACAAGAGGUACUGUGACAUACUUCAAGUGAGCUACGGCGACAAUCUUGACUGCAACAACCAGAGGCCGUUUGCCUAAUUAUGCACUUCAA